AAACAACAACAUAUAGAGUCAAACUCAACAACAUCUUGGCUUCCAAGUUGCAUCUUCUCUACUGCAACAAUCACCACCAUUGUUGGGGUUUCAAAACCUUCGUAAUCGCAUGCUCUACUGCACAACAUUCCUCACAGAUCCGAUUCUGUGAACAAUGGCGGGCCCUAUAAGUCGUAGAUCCACAAGCGCCUCACAACCUGUUCGUGGAUCUCGAAUCGUCGUUGCAAUCGUCAUCGGGGUUCUUAUUGGAUGCAUUUUGGCGCUUUUGUACCCUCACGGUUUGUUCUCCGGUGACUCUGAUUCCGGUUCUGAGUUUCAGAAUCGCCGGUUAACGAAAUCGAAUCUUCAGAUUGGAUCGACCUCAUGUGAAUCUUCAGAGCGAGUCAGCAUGUUGAAAGCAGACAUUGCAGAUUUAUCAAGCACAAAUGAUGAGCUAAAGAAGCAAAUCAGGGAAUUAACCCAAAAGUUGCAGGCAGCUGAGCAGAAAAACGGUCAAGCCGAGCAGCAAGUUGUAGUUGUAGGGGAGCCCCAAAAAGCUGGGCCUUUCGGGACCGUUAAGGGUAUACGAACUAACCCUACUGUUCUCCCCGAUGAAACUGUUAACCCAAGACUAGCCAAAAUAUUAGAAAAGGUUGCAGUCAAAAAAGAGCUUAUAGUUUCGCUUGCAAAUUCUAACGUAAAAGCCAUGUUAGAGGUUUCGGUCUCUAGCAUUAAGAAAGCAGGCAUAACCAAUUAUCUUGUUGUGGCUUUAGAUGACGGGAUUGUUGAUUUUUGCAAAGAAAACGAUGUAGCGUUCUACAUGAGAGAUCCUGACGAGGGUAUUGAUUCGGUUGCUAAAACAGGAGGUAAUCAUGCUGUUUCAGGAUUAAAAUUUAGAAUCUUGAGGGAGUUUCUGCAAUUGGGUUACGGUGUUUUGUUGUCUGAUGUUGAUAUCGUGUACAUACAAAACCCUUUCGAUCACAUAUACAGGGAUUCAGAUGUGGAGUCUAUGUCUGAUGGACAUGAUAACAUGACUGCUUAUGGGUAUAACGAUGUUUUCGAUGAGCCUGCAAUGGGUUGGGCUAGAUACGCCCAUACGAUACGAAUAUGGGUUUAUAAUUCUGGGUUUUUUUAUUUGAGGCCUACCAUACCUGCAAUUGAGCUUUUAGAUCGCGUAGCGGACAGGCUGUCUCAUCCACCGCCAGCUUGGGAUCAGGCGGUGUUCAAUGAGGAGCUGUUCUUUCCUUCUCAUCCUGGUUAUAUCGGUCUUCAUGCUUCUAAACGAACUAUGGAUCGUUAUCUUUUUAUGAACAGUAAAGCUCUUUUUAAGGAAGUAAGGAAAGAUGCUCAUUUGAAGAAGUUAAAGCCUGUUAUUGUCCAUAUCAAUUACCAUCCGGAUAAAUUACCGAGAAUGAAAGCAGUUGUUGAAUUCUACUUCAAUGGCAAACAAGACGCGCUCGACGCGUUUCCUGAUGGUUCUGGUUAAAUUCUACUUGCAUUGUUCUGGAUCAAGUAAUUGAGUAUUAACCCUUUUACAAGAAUACGAGUUUGUAAUAUGAUGAAUCUUCCUUCCACUAGUAGUGAACUUUCAGUACUUGGUUUUUUUUUUUUUUUUUUUUAAGUUUGGAGUAUAGUUUUAAUUCUGUUAAUCUUUUACUAGCUAAUGAUAUAUAUUGUUUUUCUA